AUGCCCACUAUCCAGAACCUCCACUCUUUUGACCCUUUCCUGAUGCAAGCAAAGGUGAUGACCCUGCUUCCUGCUGCCACUGAGGAUUAUUUCCCUAUUAGAAUUCAACAGACAAACAGCAGGAAGACCCUUACUACUGUCCAAGGCAUCGCUGAUGAUUACAAUAAAAAGAAACUAGUGAUGGCGGUUAAGAAGAACUUUGCCUGCGAUGGUGCUGUAAUUGAACAUCCAGGAUACAGAGAAGUAAUUCAGCUACAGGAGGACCAGCGCGAGAACAUAGGCUCGUUCCUGAUAGAGACUGGACUGGCUAAGGACGACCAGCUGAAGGUUCAUGGGUUUUAAGUGCUUGUGGCUCUGAAGCUUAAGUGAGGAUUUCCUUGCGAUGAGUAAAAGUUCCCUUCUGUCCCUUGU